AUGGCGCGGCUCGUGCUCCUGACGCUGCGUCUCCUCAUGACGUGGAUCUCUGUCCACAGUUUACAGAUCAAGCCUCUGGUGACGGAGGAGCAGCUGUUGUGGGUGAGCGGAGCACAGGGACAGGUCAACACAUACCGGAUCCCUUUGCUCACCUUCACCCCUCAGGGAAGUCUGUUGGCGUUUUCAGAAGGACGAAAGAAAUCUUCCAGUGACACCGGCGCCAAGUUCCUCGCCAUGAGACGCUCCACAGACAAAGGCUACACUUGGUCUCCCACCGCCUUCAUUGUGGACGACGGUCAGAUCCCGGACGGCCUGAACCUGGGCUCUGUGGUGGUGGACGAGGAGAUCGGCUCUGUCAUUCUGGUUUACGCCUUUUGUUUCCACGAGUAUCAGUGCAAACCCUCCAGCACGAUGAUGGUGCAGAGCCUGGACGACGGACUGAGCUGGAGCCGGCCUCAGAACCUCUCGGAGCAGCUCGGAGUCAAAGCCUUCGCACCAGGACCUGGGUUUGGAAUACAGAAGAGGUUGGAGCCUGCGAAGGGCCGUCUGGUGGUGUGCGGUCACGGGACGCUGGAAGGAGACGGAGUGUUCUGUAUUCUCAGCGACGAUCACGGAAAAACCUGGUUCAACGGAGCCGCGCUGAAGAGCAUCCCGUACAACCAGCCCAAGAAAGCCUUCGACUUCAACCCAGACGAGUGCCAGCCUCUGGAGAUGCCUGAUGGUUCCAUUCUCAUAAACGUGAGAAACCAGAACAACUACCACUGCCGCUGCCGUGUGAUCGUGCGCAGCUACGACGGCGGCCUGACGCUGCCCAUCGACGACGUGAGGUUUGACUACGAGCUGAUCGACCCGGUGGUGGCGGCGGGCGCUUUGGAGAAGGACGGCGUCAUGUUCUUCACCAACCCACUCAACGAAGCACAGCGAGUGAACCUGACCUUGCGCUGGUCGCUGAAUCACGAUCCACCUUUACGGAGGUUUAUGAAGGUCUGGAAAUGA